AUGGCUACCAUCUCCGAAGGUUCCCCAUUCCCGCAAGGUCUCACCUACGACGACGUCCUUUUAAUCCCGCAGCACAGCCCCGUUCGCUCGCGCCGCGCCGUCGACACCUCGACGCGGCUCAGCCGCAACAUCUCCCUCCGCAUCCCGAUCGUCGCGAGCAACAUGGAUACGGUUUGCGAGGAUAAAACGGCCGUGGCGAUGGCCCGUGAGGGCGGGAUCGGCAUCCUGCACCGCUUUUGCGGCGUCGAGGAGCAGUGUGCGAUGGUGCGGAAGGUGAAACGGGCGCAGUCCUUCCUGAUUGAGGAGCCCCGCAUCAUCCUGCCGGACGCCACCAAGGCCGAGGCGGUGGAGCAGAUGCACUGGCCGGGGCGGAAAGGCGGCGUGGGGUGUUUGAUGGUCGUGAACGACCCGGUCGAGCGGCGGAUGCUCGGGGUGCUCACGCGCUCCGACCUGACAUUCGCGGCCGAUACCGACCUCGUCCGCACCCUCAUGACGCCCAUCGAGCGGGUGAUCGUGACGACGAACGCGAAGAUCAGCCUGGCGGAGGCGCGGGAGUUGAUGCGGCGGACGCGCACCCAUAACAUCCCGGUCGUCCAGCCCGACAACCGCCUGCUCUACCUCAUCACCUCCUCCGAUAUCCUGAAGCUGACGAUGAACAAGAUGGCCUCGUUGGAUGCGCGCGGCCGGCUGCUCGUCGGGGCCGCCGUCGGGAUCAAACCGGAGGAUCAGCACCGCGCGGAGGCCCUCGUGAAGGCCGGGGCCGACGUCCUCGUCGUCGACAUCGCGCACGGGCACAGCGACAUCUGCCUGGAUAUGAUCCGCGCGCUGAAGGCGAACCCGAUCACGAAAGGGGUGGAUAUCAUCGCGGGGAACAUCGCGACCGGGGCGGCCGCGCGGGAUCUCAUCGAGGCCGGCGCCGACGCCUUAAAAAUCGGCGUCGGGCCCGGGAGCAUCUGCACGACGCGCCUCGUCGCAGGCUCCGGCGUGCCGCAGCUCACCGCGGUGAUGGAGUGCACGCGGGUGGCGCGGGCCUAUGGGGUGCCCUGCAUCGCCGACGGCGGCGUCAAGACGGCCGGGGAUAUCAGCAAGGCGAUCGCCGCCGGGGCGGAUACGGUGAUGCUCGGGAAUAUGCUCGCGGGCACCGAUGAGGCCCCCGGACGGGUCUUGGUGAAGGACGGCAAGAAGGUCAAGAUCAUCCGCGGGAUGGCGGGGUUCGGCGCGAAUCUCAGCAAGGCCACGCGGGAGAAGCGCCUCGACGAGGACGUCUUUAACGACCUCGUGCCGGAAGGGGUGGAGGGGAGCGUGCCCGUGAAGGGGCCGCUCGCGCCGAUUCUCAAGCAGCUCGUGGGCGGUUUGCGUUCGGGCAUGUCGUACUGCGGCGCGCACAGCAUCCCAGAGAUGCAGAAAAAGGCCCGCUUCGUGCGCAUGACAGGGUCAGGACUGCGUGAGAGUGGAAGUCAUGAUAUCUCGAAAUUGUGA